AUGGAGAGAGACGUGGAGCGAGCCGACGAGCUGAGCCCCUCUUCUGAUGAGGAGGCCUUAGUUUUGAGGCAGAAGCCUGAACUGACGCAAGGCCGAGACAAGGGUGACGUCACUCUGCAGCAGUGGAAAACGCGACAGCUGCAGCGCCUGGCUGAGGAGUUGAAGGCAGAAUGGCAGGAGGCCCGGCUGCAGCAGGUUAGAGACAUGGAACGCCUCUAUUUAGCCCGACUGUUGGAUGAAGCAACAGGGCGGGCCACGGGAAACAACUUCAACUUGUACGAACACAGCCAGAGAGGAACAGCAAAACACAUGAGAGCUAAGGAGAGAAACAGAGCAGCCUUUAGAGAGAAGGGCCGCCGGGAAGAGCACCCCAGGCAACACCCUAAGUCCCGGAAAAAAGCAACAUGCUCAGAGAGACGGGGUUCUACCAAAGCCCGGGUCCCAAACCCCUGUGAGAAGGGUAAAGGGAAGCGGGUGCCUUCGAGUAAGAGCAGUGGUGGCUACCAGCCUGUGGGCCCUCGGGUGAGCAGAGGGGCAGACCUGGUAAAGCUCAACCCACUCUUGACUGGGGCUGGGGAAACUGAGUGCGUGGAGGAAGUACCCCGGGAGGGGAGGCGGCCGAUGAGAAGGGGGUCUUCACGCUUUGCUCAGAACAUGAAUCACAACUCUACAGAUGAGAGUCUGCAGGGCAAAACAGCUGACUUAGAAAAACCCUUGUCCCUCAGCUCCACCUUCAGGCAGGAGGCCACAACCCAGGGGUCGCCGUGCAGGUACACCGAUAAGAAUCAGUGGCACAAAGAGCUUGAGUCUGCCUUCGAAGAAUUGUUUAACACCAAUCGGAAACUGAAGAAACAUCUGAAUUUGCACCUGGAACAGAAGCUCAAGAUAGACCAGAAUCCAGAUGAGCAACAGAGCUACUCAGAGAUUCUGGGCGAGAGCAGCGACAUCCAGAGAGGGGGGAGUACAGAGGAGGCAGAAACGACUGCUGAGGAGUAUGGGAGCCCAUCAGACAUGGAGGCCCCUGAAAUGUGGUCCAAGCCCAAUUUGAAACAGUUGCUAAGUGAGGCCGAGUACCCCAGGUACCAACCCAUGGCAAAGCACCUAUUAAGGCCUGAAAGCCUGACACCUGUUCCCGAGGCAGGAACAUCUAGCGAACAAGAUGACUCAUUCUCAGAGAGCCCAGAGUCAGGAAGGGAGCCGCCCAAGUUGGCCACAGCAGAGGAAGAAAGCCUUAAGCCUUACCUGCAGAAACAGGACAGCUCUAUAGCAAGCUGGAUGGCUUUGAGGCAAAAGCAGAAGGCAGAGUUGGAGCAGAAAAGGCAAAAGACAUUGUUGGAGCUGACAGAACAUCCCAACAUGAGCUUGGAAAUCCAUUACAAGGCCGAGCUAGAGGAAGAACGCAGGGAACGCAGAAGGAUGCGUUUGGCUCUCCUCAAGUCUUAUUCCACUGGGGUCCCAGCCCCAGUCUCUGACAAAAACAUUUCCCUGGACAAUGGCCUUCUCGACGAGGACAAACAGAGCCAGAUGAUCCGUGACCUCCAGCAGCAAAUUUUAGAGCAAAACAAGUUACACAAGCAGUUUUUGGAAAAAGCCAGGAAACGCUUGCAAGAGUUUCAAAAGACAUUUUAA